UCCAAAUUCAUUAUACAAGGAAAAACCGUAGUUAGUUCUACUUUCUUACAGUGUUUGAAGUAACUGGUACUGGCAGCGAUUAACUGUCUUCCUAACGAAAACUAAUGAGUUCCCGGACAGCACCACGAUGCAAACCUCACUGCUGACUCUCCUGAUCCUCUCCACCUGGACCGCGAGUUGCCAGAGCCAAAAAUGCGGUUGGUUCGGAGUAUACUGCGGCCGGAAAAGGGCAUGCGAGGGCUACGACCUGGUGUACAUGGAUCGACACCACGGCGAAUGCGAUGACGACGGCGUGAGCUUCUGCUGCCCAAAAGGCGAAGGGACACCGGUGGUGUUCUGCACGGGGCCGAACCGCGGAGGGGACUGCCGCGUCACCUUCAUCCCACCCGGCGAAGACUGCGCCGAGCUCCCCAGGGACAACAACACCAAUCACAUCCACGAAGCCAGAUCCAUGAUGACCCGAGGUGCCUGUGUCCGACUGUGGCGCGCCCUGGGGUGCAAAGGAAAGACGAAACUCUACAACGUCGGCGACGAGAACUUUGUCAACACCGACGACAUGCCCAAAGCGCUCUCUGUAAGCCCGUGCUUCAAGAACGACAAAGUUAUCCAAAUGUGCAAGAAACAACGGUACGCUGGGAUAAGUAAACGAGCUAUCGAUUUAAACUGUAAUAAUAUAAUUUUGGGAACGGCGAAUAGGCCGAUCGAAGGACCAGCGCGGUUCGCUCGCGAUGAGCUUUUCAUCGGCGCCAACGAAAGUUUAAUCCAACAGAAUGUCCCAGAUCGGAAUAGUCCAAUACGAUGGAUCCAAUUCGGCCCUGGAGGUCGCACCCAAGCCUUGGAGGCGCUCAUAGAGGAGAGGCAUUUAGGAACGGGUACUGCUGCCUCGAAUGCAGCGCGUCAAUUUACGGCACAACAUGGUUACCAAGGCAACCCCAGGGAUGACGCUGGUCAUAUUCUGGACAGGAAUUUCGGAGGGCCUGGGGAUCAGUUGUGGAAUAUCUUUCCGCAGAUGCGGCAUUUCAAUCGUGGGGUCUGGGGACAAAUUGGGAGAGCGAUCGCGCAUUACAUUCGAAAUUAUGGAUCGGUCGUCUGGAAUAUCAACCUGCAGUACGCGGAUGAUGACCCCAACACUCAGAGGCCGUGGAGAAUUAUCUACCGGGUCAUGAGUCUAAAUGGUACCCAUGUUCUGGAUGUGGAUGAUUUGCUCAACCCUGAAGGUGGGUACACAGGCCAGUAGACUGAUCAUUUUGGACGAAAAAUGGGUGCAUUCACAUAGAAAAUUACCGCCUUGCACAGAGGUGAAGUCAUAUUCGGAGAGGCGAUUUUUGUCAAGUUGCUUUAAAAAAAAAGAGGAGGAAAAAGCCGAAUGCAGCUUAUUUUACUUAUCAAGUAUCGCACUUAUGCGCCUUGUCCUCCAAGCCCCUGAAAUAGAGUUAUCCAAAUAUUCAUCGACUCAUUAUCAUCUUCAACAGACCUUUGUGCCUACCUCUUGGGCGGUCAGUUGUCCCUUCACAAAAACUUUCGGUGGUCUCUAAAAAAUAAGAUACGCAUACAUAUAUUUAUGGUAACAAUCAGUUCUUCCCCCGAAAUGUUACCCCAAGCGAUGUUUCAGCAUUGAAUAGUCAUAUUAAACUGUAAGCCAAUCAGUCACUCA